UUCUGUAGUGGCCUUUUGACCGCGCUCGGUGCUUUCAUUCGCUUUGCGUCCGUCGAUCGCUUCGGAGUUGUAGUCUAGUUGCAGUCGUCGCAGCAGAAGUAGAAGUCGGUGACAGAUGGCGCGCAAGUGGUCCAUCGGAUUAUAACAACGAUCUUCAACGGUACGGACUCGGUCAUUUAGCGUUACGUGCUAAUGCGGAUCGGACGUGUGUAACUUCUCACCUUUUUGGGGGACUGAAGUGCUGUAGUGUUGCAUUUCUCAAGUGCUAGAAAAGUGCGUGUGCAUCCGAAGAGCUUCCUGGGCGUCACGCGAACAUCCAAUCCAAAGAUUAUUUGUUAAGUUUGAGAGUACCGCGAUCGAGUGCCCACUAAAUUGCAUGUGUUACGAAGUUGUGAGCUAACCGCAAGUUAGCAGAGAGUGGGCCCAAAAGCGCGUCGAGUGUUUCUGGCCAUUUAUCCGAGAGUUUUUUUUUACUGUAUCUCGUCAUACAUGCGUCUUGCCAAUCACGCCGAUCGCCUUCGUCGUUGAGAGGUGAUAAUAAAUAUUACGUAAGAAAGUAAGCCAAAUUUUUGGGUCGCGCAGAAGCAAGAGCCGCCUAAAGAGCUCGAAAAGAAGCGGGUGAAACGAUAAAUGUAAGAAAAGUACCAAAAGGCAAAACAACGCACGUGAACCAACAUUACUCAAUGAAAGAAGCCUGUUCCGGCCGAAGUCCACACUUCUCUCUCGCGAUCGGCUCCGUUUAUCAUUGAAAGGGUCUUUUCGUCGAGUGGACACCAUCCGAAGAACCAUCCGAAAUGUGCAACGUGAUUAUGUGAAGGUUUUGCUGCUGCUCGGUGUGAUUCAUCUCAGCUGAUUGCAGUUGCAGCUUGCAGUGUGUGCCGAAAGUGAAACAAAAAAUAGGCGAACGAAUCUUCGAUUGCCACACUGACUGACUGACUGACUGUCUGGCUCUGACCGACCGCCGAAAAGAACUCGCUCUCGGGUGUGAAGAAAACCGCGCCGCAAAACCAGAUCGGUGAACAAAAGUUGUGUGUGCCGAAAUCAUGGCCCCGAUUCGAUUCGCGUCCCGUGCAUUGAUCUCGACCGUUGUCCUCGUCGUAUUGGUCACCAUUUUUGACCGGGCGAUUUCGUCUACUGCAUCGUCGUCUACUCCGGCGAAGAUCGGCAGCUUGAAUGGCACCAAGUAUCGGUACGAUCCUCGUGUUUCCAAAAGGAACCAAUCGUGUGCUGGGAAGUAUUGUGCCGAAGAAGAAGAUGAUGACACCGGUGGAAUUAUUCUGGGUGCUAGCCGAGCCCUUCGGCAGGAGGGUGUCCUGAAGCAUACUUCGGUUCUGUAUGGACUGAUUUCCAUCGCUGAGAGGGGUGAACUGUCCGAUCGGUGCUAUGACGAGCUGCAGCAAAUCUCCGAGGGAAUUAGGCAGAAGGAAAUCUGGGCACUGAAAGUGUUGGACUCAUCCGGCAUCCAGGAGGCGGGUUUCAUGUGGGGUCACAACCACUGGAUUGGUUCGGAACAAGGCUGCAUCGCUGCACAAACCCCACUGUCGAUCACCCUGUCCGAUCGGUAUCGAAGAAACAUGAAACCGAAUCUGGUUAAGGCCCUCGCUCCGUUCGACGUUGGCUUCCGAAUGGUGUACGCUCAGCAUCAGUCCGCCUGGCAGGUGGAGAUGAAGUUUCUCAGCGAGAACAUUCUGCACAUUGGAGUAUGUGUUCCUCAAUCGUGCUCGAAUGGCGAGUUGUUCAACCUGACCGAAAGGUACUUCGAAGAGCGGAUCAUCCAAGCGCAAGAUGUCUUUGAGUUCCGCCCAAACGUGCUGCAGGUCAAAGAUCUCCAACUGACGGAGAAUUUCUGGAGCAAACCGAGCAUAUUCAUUAUCAGCAUCACGAUCGCCCUAACGGCCAUUAUGGUCUACUUGGCGCAGUGUCGUGAGCAAAAAGCGAACGAAGAAAAAGCAUGUCACUCUUCCGAGUCGGCCACCGUCACGACCUACACUCCGGUGCUGAUGAUGAAUGGACAUUACUCACCUGCGCCGAAAGCACCCUCAACCACCACCUCAGCGCCGAAUGACGACGAGCGGAUGAAGGAAACGACGGCGCCCAAACCGAUGCCCACCCCAAUCCAAACCACCUCCUCCCCGAACUCUCCACCCAAGGACACUUUCAUGGACAAGGUCAUCGACAGCUUCAACGUGCGGCGCAACCUCGCUACAGUGUUCCGCACUGACAUUGGACCACAGUCGCUGCCCGUGAUCUGUGGAAUCAAGUCCAUCUGCUGCUUCCUGAUCUUGUGCUUCCACAUGCAGUGGUACACGUUUUUCACGAUCCAAAACUCGGCCUUGAUGUUCCACUAUGCGGAACAGGUGCGCUACCAGAUAAUCAGCAACGCCCCUCUGCUGGUGGAUGUCUUCUUCGCCAUCAGCGGCUUCCUGGUGACGUACAAUUUCGUGCGAAACCGCAGCAAGAUUCAGGAGGUCAAAUCGAACGGUUUGUGGCAGAACGGAAAGCUCUACGGGAAAAUGCUGCUUCAUCGAUAUCUGAGACUUUCGCCGCUGUACCUGAUGAUCACCGUUAUCGGUGAAGUGAUGACCAGCUACGUCGUGGACAAGUCCAAGUUCUGGGUGCACGAGCGCAGUGAUCUCCGCUGUCAACAGUACUGGUGGCGCAACGUGCUUUACAUCCAGAAUCUCUUCGACAUCGAUGAUCUCUGCCUGAACUGGACCUGGUCAUUGGCCUGCGAGAUGCAGUAUUACAUGAUCUCCGUCGCGCUGCUCUUCGUUUAUGCCAAAAACGCCAAGCUGGGGAAAUCGAUCUACGUCCUGUUCGCGGCGGGAACUUUCGUAUUCAACAUGGCCAUUACGAUGAUGUACCACUUUGUCCCGUCGUACGAUGUGCUGUACAACACUGGCAGUGCCCUGUACGUGGCUCCUUGGGCGCGCAUGUCUCCCUACGUGGUGGGCGUGUACUUUGGGUGGCUCCUGGCAGCGGCCCGUGGCAAGCUGCAAAUUACUGAGAAACAAUACCGCAAGUACUGGAUCCUGGCCUGCCUAGCAGUAUUCAUCAGUAUGCAUUCGACCUUCAAGCGCAAUUUCCCGUACCCGUUGGCUUCGACCGUCAUGGUAAUGGUUCGGCUAUUCGUGGCUUGGGCUGCCUGCUGGACCAUUAUUGCCACCUCGACCGGUUAUUCGAAUAUAGUGACCCGAUUCUUAUCAUCGAAAUUCUUCAUCCACACCAACAAGUUGACUUACGGAAUCUACCUGCUGAACCCGCUGAUCAUCACCACCGUGUUCGGGCUCUCCGAUGGAAGUGCCAAUGCUGAUCCCAUCCCAACGCUGGUGAUGGCCGUCGGGGUCACCGUGCUGUCCUACGUAGCAGCCCUGGCGUUCACGGUGCUGUUCGAAAUCCCGUACUGCACGAUAUCGAGUGAAAUUCUGAAACUGAAGAAGAAACCCAGCUCGACGACCCCUCCGCUGUCCCCUUCACCAUCGACGGCCACGAUUGGAGCGAAGUUCGUGGAGGAUUCCAUAGAGUCGACUUUGAUCGGUAAGGACGAGAGCAAGAAGAUCGAUUGAUGAGCAAACACGAACGGAAGCAGAAUAGCACACUUUCGGGAUUUCCGGAUAAUUAAGGAAAUUCGGUUUUCCACCGGUUAAUGUGAUACACGAGGAGUGAAAUGACGCAACGAUGAAAGAUGGACAAAAAAAUCUCUUGUUUUUAGCUAAGCUUACAAUACCACCGGAUUUCGCACUGAUCUACUGAUGGGAGGGAAGACAUUAAAAAUGAUAGGAUUUUUUAAGUGGGAAUUUUCGAGAAGAUUUUUUAACCUGUAAUUGUUUUUUUAAGGACUGCUUAGCAUUAUUUAUUUGUAUUGUUAAUCGUUGGCAAGGCAUUACUUUUUCCACUUUAUUUAAUUAGUGCUCGCAUAGCUAAUGAUUGUAUGUUCCUGGAAAGUAGUAUCGAAAUCAUGAAAACAAAAACCUGUAUUUAAGUAACCUCUAUUGAAGAAGUGAAUAUACACUUCUGUUGAACAAAAGUGAAAUAAAGUAAGUGAAAAUGCCAAAGCUCACCGUGACAACACGAAACAGGUUGUCAUGAAUGAAGCUGCAUUUUUAUGUGUAAAUAGUCUAAA